AUGCGGCAGGUCUUCUACCGCAAGGUCGUCCUCUCCGCGUCACCGCGCCCCGAUAGCUACGCCGCCAUGCUCAUCAUGGACUGGGCCUUCGCAAUGGCGGAGGAGGAGGACCCCGUGUGGAGGAUGGCGCCCUCCCACGACGGCGUCGAGGACGCCAUACACCACGGUGGCCAUUUCUUGUCGAUCACCUACACCGGCCAUGUCAAGGCAUGGUAG